AUAACUAGACUGAGUUAAACUCUCGAAGACAGACGUGCGAUCCUUCUCUCCCCUUUUCUCGAACCAACCCACCGUAGCAAUUAGGAUUGAAUCCGGAGAAAAUCGAACCAUUUCAUGGCCGUUCCAGUUGAAGAAGCUAUUGCAGCUCUUUCCACAUUCUCAUUGGAGGAUGACCAACCAGAGGUCCAAGGGCCAGCAGUCUGGGUAUCAACUGAGAGAGGUGCAACAAAUAGUCCAAUUGAGUACAGUGAUGUUUCUGCAUACCGCCUAUCUUUAUCAGAAGACACAAAAGCUCUCAAUCAGCUGAACACCCUUAUCCAAGAGGGGAAGGAAAUGGGAUCAGUGCUCUAUACAUAUCGGAGUUGUGUCAAAGCACUUCCUCAGCUUCCAGAUUCCAUGAAGCAAAGUCAGGCUGACUUGUAUCUUGAAACUUAUCAAGUUCUGGACUUGGAAAUGAGUCGUUUGCGUGAGAUUCAACGAUGGCAAGCUUCCGCUGCAUCUAAGCUAGCAGCUGAUAUGCAACGCUUUUCUAGGCCCGAGCGACGCAUCAAUGGUCCUACUAUAACUCAUCUCUGGUCCAUGUUGAAGUUACUUGAUGUUCUGGUGCAACUUGAUCAUCUUAAAAAUGCAAAAGCAAGCAUACCUAAUGAUUUCUCUUGGUAUAAGAGGACAUUCACUCAAGUCAGUGUUCAGUGGCAAGAUAUUGAUUCAAUGAGGGAAGAAUUGGAUGACCUACAGAUUUUCUUGAGCACGAGGUGGGCAAUUUUAUUGAACUUGCAUGUUGAGAUGUUCCGUGUGAACAAUGUAGAAGACAUUCUUCAAGUUCUCAUAGUCUUUGCUACUGAAUCACUGGAGUUGGACUUUGCGCUUCUAUUUCCAGAGCGGUACAUUCUUCUUCGUGUUUUGCCUGUUCUGGUUGUCUUAGCAACAUCAUCAGAUAAAGAUAGUGAAUCACUGUAUAAGAGGGUGAAAAUCAAUAGGCUGAUCAAUAUAUUUAAGAAUGAUCCAGUCAUACCUGCAUUCCCAGAUCUUCAUCUUUCUCCAGCUGCAAUUUUGAAAGAGCUGUCGAUAUACUUCCCAAAAUUUUCUGCCCAAACUCGUCUUCUCAGUCUUCCAGCACCUCAUGAGCUCCCACCUCGUGAAGCACAAGAUUAUCAGCGGCAUUAUCUGAUCACCAGUCACAUUGGAGCGAUUCGUGCUGGGCAUGAUGACUUCACUCUUCGUUUUGCUUCAUCUAUGAAUCAGCUCGUGUUAUUGAAAUCAAUAGAUGGUGCAGAUAUUGAGUGGAGCAAGGAAGUCAAAGGAAACAUGUAUGAUAUGGUAGUUGAAGGUUUUCAGCUCUUAAGCAGAUGGACUUCACGCAUCUGGGAGCAGUGUGCAUGGAAAUUCUCCCGCCCCUGCAAGGACCUAGGUCCUACGGAAUCACAUGAUACUUCUGCAUCAUUUUCUGAUUAUGAAAAGGUGGUACGAUUCAAUUAUAGUGCAGAGGAAAGGAAAACUUUGGUUGAACUUGUUAGCUACAUUAAGAGUGUUGGAACAAUGAUGCAGCGGUGCGACACGUUGGUAGCUGAUGCCUUGUGGGAGACUAUCCAUGCUGAGGUCCAAGAUUUCGUGCAAAAUACAUUAGCCACUAUGUUGCGGACUACCUUCCGAAAGAAGAAGGACCUCUCUAGGAUUCUUUCUGAUAUGCGAACUCUUUCUGCGGACUGGAUGGCAAAUACAAGCAAGCCUGAAUCUGAGUUACAAUCAUCACAGCAUGGAGGAGAAGAAAGCAAAGGAAAUUUCUUUUAUCCAAGGCCAGUAGCACCAACUGCCGCACAGGUCCAUUGCUUGCAGUUCCUUAUAUAUGAGGUGGUAUCAGGUGGUAAUCUCAGGAAGCCUGGGGGACUCUUUGGAAAUAGUGGAUCUGAAUUUCCUGUCAAUGAUUUAAAACAACUGGAAACCUUCUUCUACAAGCUUAGCUUUUUCCUGAAUAUAUUAGAUUACACAGUGACUGUUGCAACUCUGACAGAUCUUGGUUUCUUAUGGUUUAGAGAAUUUUAUUUGGAAUCUUCUCGUGUUAUUCAGUUUCCUAUUGAAUGCUCUCUUCCCUGGAUGCUGGUUGAUUACGUGAUGCAGAAUCAAAGUGCAGGUCUCCUGGAGAGUGUUUUGAUGCCAUUUGACGUCUAUAAUGAUUCUGCUCAGCAAGCACUCAUUGUGUUCAAGCAGCGAUUCCUCUAUGAUGAAAUUGAAGCCGAGGUGGACCAUUGUUUUGAUAUAUUUGUAUCAAAAUUGUGCGACACUAUUUUCACAUACUACAAAAGUUGGGCAGCAAGUGAGCUGCUUGAUCCAUCAUUCAUCUUUGCCUUGGAUAAUGGAGAAAAGUUUUCUGUGCAACCGAUUAGAUUCACUGCACUACUAAAGAUGACUAGAGUGAAGUUACUGGGAAGGACCAUCGACUUAAGAAGUUUGAUUGCUGAGAGGAUGAACAAAGUGUUCAGAGACAACAUUGAAUUUUUGUUUGAUCGUUUUGAGUCUCAGGAUUUAUGUGCUAUUGUGGAAUUGGAAAAGCUCCUGAACAUUUUGCAGCUUGCUCAUGAGUUGCUUUCAAGAGAUCUUUCAAUGGACUCUUUCAAUUUAAUGUUGAACGAGAUGCAGGAAAAUAUAUCUCUGGUUUCAUAUUCUAGUCGACUUGCUUCUCAGAUUUGGACAGAGAUGCAAACCGAUUUCUUGCCAAAUUUCAUCCUCUGCAACACUACUCAGCGUUUUGUCCGAUCAGCAAAAGUACCUCUUGUUCCUACUCAGAAGCCAUCAGUUCCCUAUGCCAAGCCAAAUUUCUAUUGUGGUACUCAAGAUCUGAAUUCUGCACACCAAAGCUUUGCUCGAUUACACACUGGGUUCUUUGGUAUACCUCACACGUUCUCCAUCGUCAGGCUUCUAGGGUCUAGAUCAUUGCCUUGGCUUAUCCGAGCCCUUCUAGAUCAUAUAUCAAAUAAGAUAACUAACCUUGAACCGAUGAUAACUGGACUGCAAGAAGCAUUGCCAAAAUCUAUUGGACUACUUUCUUUCGAUGCAGGUGUUACAGGUUGUUCGAGGCUUGUAAAAGAACAUCUUAACUGGGGGUCAAAAUCAGAACUCAAAGCAGAGGUUCUUCGUGGAAUAAAGGAGAUUGGUAGCAUAUUAUACCUGAUGGGGCUUCUAGAUAUUGUUUUGAGAGAAGUAGAUACCACACAUUUCAUGCAAACAGCCCCUUGGUUGGGAUUGAUUCCUGGUGCAGAUGGGCAAAUAUUGCAGUCCCAGGAAGGGGCAGAGAGCCCUAUUGUCACUCUGUUUAAAUCAGCUACUGCUUCAACUGUGUCAAAUCCUGGGUGCUCAAAUCUGACAUCCUUCUACACCAUAUCGAAACAGGCAGAAGCUGCUGUUUAUUUUCAGGUAUUUAGCCCCUUCGGGGAGGCGGAGGAUAUGCCACUCAAGUCAAGGCUUUGGACAUGUGUGUGCGAGUACAUUUAUCUAUCAAAAAUUAAAUAAAUAAAUAAUCAUGAGAAAACAAUGAUCAGAAUAGGAUAUGUCUAAUACUCCUAUUGUAGAAAAGGAAGGAACAAGUUCCUAAUGCACUAGAAAUUACAUAUAUGUUAUGCUAAAAUAGGUAUUAAAAUUUGGUGAAGUGUAUAUACACCAUUAUACCCUCGAACAGGAAGAGGCAAGUAUCAAAUUAUUCAUGUUUAGAAAACAUUAAUAAGCCUGUUACAGAAAUUAGCGUAAGAAAAAGUGCUCAUUUGAUAUAUGAAGACAAAGUUGAAAAGAAUUUAAAAAAAAAAAAAAAAAAAAUGAUAAGGAAGAAGAGUAUAAAGCAAAAUCUCAACAUUCCUUUUUACUUAUGGACGUUAUGAUGGAGGGGCUCCCUUGCAAAUUAGGAAAAUUAUAAAGACCACAUAAACAGGACAUUAUCUCUCUCUCUAUAUAUUUGUAUAUACAAAUCUAGAUGCACCUAUCUUCUAUAUCAGAGGAAGAGUCUUAGGGCUAAAACUCCCCUGCAGAGAUAUUUAGAAGUAAAGAACGCUUGGUACUUGAUGUCUUCCACUCUUGAUGUAAGACUCCUCCAAGCUUGCUCCUGUCCUAUACUCUGGAUGUUAUGGCAUGCAAAUGUUUUCACGUCCAGUCUAAAUGAUAGAAGCUCCGUGUGAACUUGUUGUUUAUUUGUCCUUUAUUUUAGUGGUAGGUAAUUAGUUAAACACUGUUUUUGAAAAUUUUGAUCCUCUACAAGCCUUUUUUUUUUGUUUAAUUAAAAUCCCCUGUUAUAUUCUGAUUCUGAAGUUUCAUAUAUUUGUUCAUUUAUUCAUAAAUUUUGU